ACCGCACCGCACACGCUAUAUAGACUUACUGCACUCACAAUACAUCACACCAGUUCGCUUUGAACCCCAGUGACAUCGCUAGCAACAUGAGAACCUUCGUAGCGUGCAUAGCCCUGGCGUUGGUGGCGUGCGCAGGCGCCGAGCCCCCAUCCGGGUACAGCUACAACCGGCCGUCAGGCGGCCAUGGUGGUAGCUUCAGCGGUGGCCUGAGCGGUGGCGGCCCCCUGCAGCCAGUGCCCGCUGGCUACCAGACCUCCGAAGGCCAACACGUCGACGCCCAGCUUCUGGAGCAGGUGCGCCAGAUCCUCCUUAAGGAGGAAGCAUCUUCCGGUUCUGGCGGCGGUCACAGCGCGCCCUCCUCCUCUUACGGCGCUCCAUCCUCCUCCUACGGCGUACCCUCCUCCUCAUACGGCGUACCCGGCUACAGCAGCCGCGUCGUAGACAUCAACCUCGAGGGUGUCCGUCAAGCCAUUCAGGUCGCACAAUACGAGCAGUCAGGAGGCUCCAGCGGUGGCUACCCCUCAGCCCCCUCGGGCAGCUAUGGCGCCCCCUACUAAACGUACGUUCAACGCGUUCGUAAUUCGGGCGCAACGCCAUCUCUCGUCCGAAUAGUUAAACCAAUGGACCGCUGGUCACGUACAAUGUAGGUGACCGCGGUCGCUGCCAGCUCGGCCAACGCCUGCGACUGUGCGCGCUCACGGGUCUGACCGGCGGGGGGACAGUCGCUCCAAUUCUCACGCGAAGUGUCUCCCCGCCGGCCUUCACUCCUUGUUUUGUAUAAAGUUUAUUGUUAAUGUAGUUUAAUUUAUUUUUAAGUUUUUUUUUACAAAAAAACAAUAAAUACAUUUCGACACCGUA